AUGCCAUUGAACGCCGUGGGAUGGACCACGGAAGAAGACGAAAAACUUGUUGAAUUAGUACAACCUCAGACAUGUUUAUAUAAUUAUUUCGAUCCUUCAAGGAAGAACAUUUUGGCUAGAGAAUCUACUUGGCAAGAAAUAGCUCAAACUUUAUCUAAGCCAGUUGAAGAAUGCAAGAAACGCUGGCGUGGCCUCCGCGAUGGUUUCAUGAGAAGCAUGCGUAUGGGCACUAUCCAUAAAACAAAAGCUAACAUCUUUGAGAAGCUACAAUUCUUAGCUGGCACUAUACUGGACAAUACAGACGAAGUUGAAGAGGUGUCCAUGAACAUGGAAAAUGAUCAGAUUCAAGAGGAAACUGUUGUAGGUACAGUUGUGGGAUCGGAACAAGUUAUUACUGACAAUCAGGAAUAUUAUGAAAUUACUGUUGUAGAUGGUCCACAAGAGCCACAGGCUAAGCAGAAUGCAUAUAUAAAAAUUUUGCCAAAGAUAGAGACUAGUUCUGGUGAACCACCAAAAAAAGUUAGUAGAAGAGGUGCUGGAAGAAAGAAAACCAUACCUGCCCCAAGGAAUGUCCCACCAGUAAAGAUACUUCCCAAACCAAUAAUCAUGAAUGGACCUAAAACCUAUGUGCGAUACAUAGAAGACCCAAAAACACCAGAACAGCGGUCACAAGUUAUAGAUAAGUUGAUUGAAAAAGUGCUUAAAGAGAACACAAAUGAAAUUGAUGUGUUCUUUAGGAGUAUGGCAGCAAGUGUAAAAAAAUUACAACCAAACUUAAUUCCUAAAGUGAAAAUGGAAGUUUGCAAUGUAAUUGCAAAAUAUGAAAUGCAAAGUUUCGACAAGAAUUUGCAAAAUAUG